AUGGACAAUUAUGGAGAAAUUCUUAAAGAAUGUGGUUUCAGUAACAUUAUUCCUAAAUAUAUCAUAAGGUAUCACACAAUAGUGAGAUCAAGGACUAUAGCCAAUUUAAAAAAAGAAGGACUUUUAAAAUAUGACCUCAAUUUAGAAGAAGCUGUACAAAGCUGUUUUGUAGACUGGCCUGAAAAUAAAAAGGUUUUAAAAAAUUUUUCUGAUUCAACUACGUCAAUAUUAACAGUGAGAACAAGUGUGUUGGAAAAUUACCUGCAAUGGAGGUUAUCAAUAACUGAAGAUGAAUUCAAAGGGUUUUGCAAAAAUUAUUUGCCAUUGCGCCAUAGACCAAUGUGUGAUAUAAAUGAAGCAUUAAAUAUAGCACAGAAUGAAAUAAAAUUUGACAUAGACAGCAUACGGAGGAAUGGUUUUAUUAUAUCUUCCGACCCAGUGAACACAAAGCUGAUACUUCAAAAUGUGGACUCAUUGGCUGGGUAUGACAUUCGAGAUGCCAUAAGAAGCGAACCCGCCAUUUUGAAAAAUAACUACAACUCAUUAUUGGAAAUAAGGAGGAUAUUAGAUGAUAACAGAAUAAAUCAGGAGGCACAGCGGCGAUGUUUAAGAGUUUACUGUAUGCGUCCUCAAACAGUUAAAGAAAGGCUGGAUGAACUAAAACAGUUAAAAGAAUACCAGAUUUUAUCAACAAAUCCUCGGGUUUUGUCUAUGGUAGUGCAUAAAAGGAAAAUGAUGUCGCGGCUAGAGAAAAUUCAAACCGCAAAGAAGCAGUGCUAUAGUUUAAAUCACCUAAUAUCUUCCAAAAAAGUAUUCAACAGCUAUAUCACCAGUUUUGGCAAUAAAGUUUGCGGGAGGGAUAUUGCAGUACUUAUAGCAAGUUCUUUCCAAAUGAAAAGAAACAUGAGUGAUGAAAAUGUGUCUAUGAAAAAAGAUGAAAAUGAACGAAGUAAAUUCAUGAGAGCUGUUUUGAAACAAUUAAAGAGACAUAAGUACUGGUUGCAUUCAUCGCUGUAUAUAAUAAACGAGAAUAUUCAGUACUUAAAUAAGAAUUUCUACGGCAACGUUAUCGUGAAUAAUUGUCAAAUACUCCUUUAUCCACUCGCUGAAACGGAACGUUAUUUCGAGUUUUUCCUAAGAAAACGAAGCCAUGGCAUCGAAGAUGGCAACAUUGACAUUGAUUUGGAGGGGAGCUACAACAACUUGAACUACGGCAAACUAACGGACGAUCAGAUAUUGAGUUUGGUGCUGUACGAAAUUGAAAAGAAAUACCACUUUACCGGUGACGGAAUUUGGAGUAGACAUGAUGGUGUUAAAGCUGAGCAAGUACAGCAUAACUGUCCU